AUGGAUUCCGGAAAUAGUGGUAGUAUGCAAUCUUCAAGCUGUGGUGAUGAAAUUGAAGAGUAUGAUUCACGCGCUGAAUCAUCAAAUUUUUCUGCGUUUUUAAACCAUCCAUUACCAACACCACCACCAACAACAACAAUAGAGACAAUAGCACAAACAGGAGCAAGGAACAAUCAAGUUAUAAACAACCUUCAUCAUAACCAAAUGUUCGAUCCAUUACCCAAUUAUUACAUGGAUUCAUUACACAAACAAUCAACAUCAUCAUCAUCAAACCCAAACUCUUUUCUAAACCUUGAUAUGAUUUGGUCCAAAGCCACAGCUAGAUCUGAACCAAACAACACUGAUCUCAGCAGCUUGUUAGUACCUUCAUCUUCUUCAUCAUCACCUUCUCAUCAGAAUCAACAAGCCUUCUUGUUGAGUCAAUUCGUUGGUCAAAAUAGAGAAAACGUUGCUUCUGUUCCCACCACACACCACUAUCACCACCAACAACACCAUUCUCUACCACUAGAAACUACUUCACGUGGAGGAUCACUCACCAAUGAUCGUCAGGAUCUUAUUAACAACAACAACAACAACGUGCACCAACCGGGUCGAAAUCCGAAGAAAAGAUCAAGAGCUUCAAGGCGUGCACCAACCACAGUUCUCACUACUGAUACCACAAAUUUCAGAGCCAUGGUUCAGGAAUUCACUGGCAUACCAGCGCCACCGUUUUCUUCGCCUUUUCCAAGAACAAGACUGGAUCUUUUUGGUUCUUCUGUUGCUUCAAGAUCUAUGUCAAAUCAUAUGGACCCUCCUCAACCACCACCACCUCCUUAUCUUCUUCGUCCUUUCGCUCAAAAAAUUCAAACCUUUUCUCCAUUGAUCCAAUCAUCUUCUUCUUCCAUGAUGGAAAAUUUAGCUUCAACUAAUUCACCUUCCAUUAACUACCAUUUAUCACAGCAGAAUAAUCUUCCUCUCAUGCAGCACAACCAGAUUCUCGGUUUUCAAUCAAUUUCUCAAACACCAACAAAAUAUCCACAUGGGACCCAACAACCCUCCUUGGAAACCACGCCCAAUGUUGACUCACGAAUCAAAAUGAGUACCGUUUUUGAUGAACUAGGUCUCAGUCAUGCCAAUGUUAACAACAACAGCAACAAUGUUAACAUUGGUGUUCUUCAUCAUCACAACACCAACAACAACAACAUGGUUCCUAAUACUACAACAACAACAACAUCCUCAGACGGAGCCAACAACAACACCGAGAAUCAAUGGAGUCAGAGAACCAAUGAUUUCGGUGCUGAAAAAGUACAAGAAUGUGUUGUCGUGGGUACAACUACAAGAGGAGAAGGUACUACAGUGGAAUCAUGGAUUAAUUGUUCUUCUUCUGAUUAA